AUGGGGGCCAAGCCCACCGAUUCCAAGCUCGGUCAUAGUGUGAUUGAGAUAACAAGAUGGCUUUUGUGUCUGACCCUGUUCCUUUCCACUCACAACCCAUUUUUGAUAUCGCUUCGCCCGUCUCAACCCCCCGCUUCUUCGUCUUCUUUGGUCCCCACCAUUGAUAUCUCCCCAUAUCUUCUAAACCCCACUAGCCAAGCGGCAGGUGAUGUCUGCCAGGCUAUUCGUGCGGCAUGUUUACACACGGGCUUCUUCCAGAUCAUUGGCCAUGGCGUUCCUACGUCUACCUUGACUGACGCCUUUGAGGCCUCGCGUCGUUUCUACGCGCUGCCACUGGAGCAGAAACAGAAGCUCGAUAUCACGAAGCAAAUUGGCUUCCGUGGAUAUGACGGGAUAGGCACUCAGUCGUAUGGUCCGGAUACCUUGCCUGAUCUGAAAGAGAGUUUCUUCAUUGGUCGUGAUGUCUCGCCAUCGGAUCCAAGAUAUGGCCGCAUACUUACGGGCUCCAAUGUCUGGCCUGAGUUUGACGUGCUCCCGGCAGCCGCCUUCAAAGAGCCCGUGGAAGCAUACUUCUCAGCCCUGAUGAAUCUCACAUUUAAGAUCCUAGAGAUACUCUCGCAAACUCUACCAUACGGUGGAGGGAUCUUCGACCAGUUUGUGCGUGAUCCUGCUGCGCCUAUGCGUUUGCUACACUACCCGCCCACCGUGAGACCAAUUGACGCCGCCGCCGACGAAAAGCAGCUCGGUGCUUCAGCGCACACGGACUUCGGGGCCAUUACUCUUCUUUUGCAAGAUAGCAUUGCUGGAUUACAGGUGCGCGACCCUGAAACAGGUGACUGGGUAGACGUACCGCCGCGUGAAGAUUCCUUCGUUGUCAACAUCGGUGACAUGAUCACCCGUUGGACUGCGGGCGAGUAUAAGAGCAGCGUUCAUCGGGUUAUCAAUCGUUCCGGUGCGGAUCGGUACUCUAUUGCAUUCUUCUUCGAUGGAAAUAUUGACUGUCCGCUUGAUCCUCUCGAUGGGACAACACCUACUGGCGGGUCUGUUACAGUUGAGCAACACAUGAUUGAGUGUUUACGCUCAUCGUAUGCGAAGAAGUAG